GGAAUAAAAAGUAACAACCAGUCAGAAUGAAAUGCUUCUGACUCGAAGCUGAGACGCUUCAGCUGAAAAGUGCGGAGUUUUCCGUGUCCACCAGCAGUUUGGUCCUUUCAGAGCCGCUGGACAAGAAGAACCUCCUUCCACCCCGGGAAGGACAAACAGGGAUCUGACGUGUUGACACUGCCACCGUGUGGCCUGAGAGCGCAAAUGCAGCAACUUCGAGCAAAUUUCAUUUUGUUCCACUUUCCGUGCGAACACUUUGCCGACCACUUCGACCAGCUGGUUCAUUUCCUCACAUCCCGAUUGAGAACAUUACAGUUGGUUUGACUGCAGUCUGUAAAAGUAAGCUGCGAAGAGGGAGGAAGUGUAAACCGUAAUGAAGUUACUGAUUAACAUCUGCCUUAAGAUGGGUGGUAUUAUGGUUUGCCCUGCAACCUUUGCCCAGCAACUGACUUUAUUAUUUCGGAAAAAAAGAGGUGGGGAAGAGGAAGGAAGACUAAAACAUAAGGUAGCCUUUGCUUCUUUCUGAAACAUCGUCUGGACAGGUUUGGCAGGACAUAAAAAUGGCUCCGUGGAGCAGCCGCGUCUUUGCGUGGACGUUUCUCUGUGUGGUUUUCUUCUCAAACGCUCGUUCUGCAACUAUUCCUGAUGUCCAGAGCCUCAGAGGUUUCCAGAGACAUCUUCUGGAGGAGACAGAAAAUAAAACAUCCACUAAUUCCAGUUCAACACGGGCGGAAGCCGCAGACGGGAGCCACACAUCCAUACAGUGGUCGUAUCUGGCAGCAGGACUCGGUACCGUCCUCUCACUCUCGCUCUUCGUUGUGUUGGCCGUGAAGUUUCGGCUCUUCCACCGCUUUCUGGCCAGCUACAGGCACUCCCUGCUCCUGGAGACCGACGGGGUCAGCCAGUACGGCCAGGAGGACACCUCGUACCCAAACGUGUCGGGCCAAUUGGGAGUGAUGGAAGGCCCUGGGAGGGGAGUGGAGGAGGACGACGACGGCUUCAUCGAGGACAACUACAUCCCGACCAGUGAGAACGAGAGGGCCAAGAGAGAACGCGGGGAGGGCAAAGUGGAGGAGUUGGAAGACAGUGAUGACGAUGAGCUGCACUUCAGCAUUGGGUGAUUAUAGACGGAAUUACAGAAAAACUGCCGGUUCAUAACUCAGAUUAAUAUUUUCUUAGGAACCAUCGCAAAGAAUUUUUUCAGAUUUGUGUUUUUGCCCAUUUGAUGAUAGUUUGUAGCCCAUGAGUUUCUCAUUUGGUUUUGACGUAUUUUAGCUUUACCCAGUUAGAAACAAGCAUCUUCAUAAAAGCUGUCGUAUGUAAUUUUUGUAAAAAAAAAAUAGAUAAAUCUUACUUGCCACAAUUUAGUAUGAGUCAGAUAAUGUGUGAAAACAACCAAACUCAUCCGCCUUCUCCCAGUGCUAACUCCAGAAAUAUAACCACUCAGUCAUACACGCAAUCAGAGAAGUCUUUAUUUCCCAGACCAAAAGUAGUCUAUAUCAUUAAAAAAUCAUUUCAAAAAGAUUAUCAAGUAAAAAACACAGAUGCAUCCAUCACAAAGCAAACAAACAGUUAUUCAAAUAUUUAACCCUCCCGCGGUCUUAGCGCAAAGCUCAAGAUGAGCGCGGCAGAUGUCACAGUCGGACAGUGGGGAAGUGGGGGAGGUUAUCCCAUGAGACCGUCAGUUCCCAAAACCACACACAAAAGCAACCAUGUAAAAGUGCAUUCAGGGUCAGUGCAAACUUGCUGGAUUGCGCACAAAGUAAAAAGCUGGUGGGGUCAAAAUGACAUCGUCUCUUAAAACCGUUGGAGGGUUGAAAAAGCUGAUUAAGUUGAUCGACACGUUCAAACGACACAAAAGUGUUAACUUGUAGUUUCUCGGUGAGACACAGUCAGAACCAGGAAGAGGGUCUUACCGCUGUCAGUCAGGCUCGUGUACGCGCUUGCCAUCAGCAAAGCCUUUCAUGAAUGCUAAGGCUAGUUAGCAUGGCCUCUCAUGACAGCAGAUAAAAAGAUUUCUCCGCCAUUGGCACAAUUAGCAGCGCAAACACACACAUGAUUGAUAUCACCAAGACCCUCCUCUGAAUUUCAAUUUCUGUUUCGUACCAGGAGCGGUUUAUUUCUGCAAAUAGCACAUGGAGGAGGUGAAGGAAUCUGAUCUUUUCAGAGAUUGCCUGGCUCAUAACACACUGUCACGGCAUGGCGACAGUUUGAACGACUAUGUGAAAAACAUAUUUUUACUGCAGCUUUAAAAUAAUUUAGUGAAGUUACAGCACACUACAGAAAUUCAGCCUCAAACACUUCACCUCACUGGGAAGGGCAGCAUUACUUUUUUAUGACAAACGACUGACAUGCAGUGGUUGCAUUUCUUGUGCGCACUCUGACCUCUGAUUGCACUUUUUUUUUUUUAAUUGCUCAGUGUUUUAGUUAAAAUGAUUUUCUUCACAUUAUAUGUUCUGUGUUAUGGGGAGCUUGAAGACCACACACACAAAAAAAUUAUUAAAUUCAGCAUAAACUCUUUAAAAUAUUUUAAUGCAUGUGUGAAAUAUAUGGAGAUGUUUUCAGAAUGACUGAAAUCUGUCUCGAGGUGAUUAUGUUUUGAAAGUCACAUUUGCUACAGCCUUAAUGUUCACGUAUAUUUUUUUUUACAUUAUAUAUAUAUA